CUCUCUUCCGCGAUGAACGAGAGGAAUGCGGAAGCAACUCCUGCUCGGUGUUUACGUCUGAGUCCUGUCUUUUUCCUGAAGCUGUCACUUUAUAUACUGAACGAUGUUUGUCCCGGUGGAGGAGGCAUAGCGAGGCUGAGCGUGCGGAGAGGCUGAACCUUUGCAGGAAGAAAGAUGGCGGACGAAGCGCCGUUCCUGUUGCUACACAGCGAAGUUGUGCAGUACAUUUACAAGUCCGCAGAAAGCGGAGACACGGAAAAUGGACGAAACAUCACCAAACUGGAGAAUAUGGGGUUCCGAGUCGGCCAAGGGCUGAUGGAGAGGUUGACUAAAGACACGCCUCGGUUUAAAGAUGAGCUGGACAUCAUGAAGUUCAUAUGUAAAGACUUCUGGACCUGCGUCUUCAGAAAGCAAAUCGACAACCUUCGAACUAACCACCAGGGCAUAUAUGUUCUCCAGGACAACACCUUCCGAUUACUGGGUCAUCUGUCAGCUGGGAAACAGUACCUGGAACUCUCCCCAAAGUACCUGGCCUUCGCCUGUGGGCUGGUGAGAGGAGCUCUGUGCGACCUGGGAGUGAAGAGUAUCGUGACCGCGGAAGUGUCCAUCAUGCCUGCCUGUAAAUUCCAGGUGAUGAUCCAGAAGGCGUAAAACCCUCCAGAAACUUCUCUCUGCCUCCAGGUAGCCUGCAGGUUUCAUCUAAGUGUGGAAAAUCUGCAGAAUAUUCUCAUCUGCACACUUGUUAUUGCUUUAACUGAUAAACAAGUGUUUGCUUCAUACAAUCAUCAUCAUCAUCAUCAUCAUCAUAAAGAUUUACCAGUGCCAUGAAGUUUAUUUCAGAGAAUAAUUACACUAUAACCAGUAUAACAGUUACCAGUCUAGUCUGGUUACCGUUGGCAGCCCUCUGCUGCCCUCUGGUGGUAGAAAUUUAGAUUUGGCUUUUUUCAUCUAAGCGCUUCGGUUCAUUUCUAAAAGCCAGUUUUUACUCUUGCUGCUCAUAAAUAAUGACAGAAAGUAGCUUAAAAGUUUUAUAACUUAAUAAUUUAUAAAACAGCUCCAUGUUGGUUCACUUUAACACUGUUUUGGAUAUUAGAGGAUAAAAAGUUCAAGUCAUCUUCUAAAAUGAUUUUAGCUCAGCUCUUUCUCUCAAUUUCAGUCCUAAUAAAAAUACAAAAUAUCUAAUUAUUCUGAUUAUUUUAACCUGUUAAGUACUGGUUUGAUUACAUUAUGUCACGUUUAUAAAAAAAAAAUAAAAGUAAAUAAAAUAAAUAUUUUGAUCUGUCCUAAAUGUACUAAAAAUGAACAGAAAUGCUUUCCUUUGAUAAAAAUGGUGACAUGUCAUCAAACUGGUUUUUAGAUGCUUAAAAUAACUUGAAUAAUUACAUAUUUUGCUUUUUGAUUAGGUGUGAGAUUCAUUCAGUGAUUUGACUGUAAUGUUUUUGAAGCAGUUUUUUGAGAGAGAACUUUUUUUUGGUCCACUAAUGACCUUAAACGGUAGUAAAUUUGUCCCUGGUGCAAAGUCAGAAUUUGAAAGAAAUAAAGGAAAAAAUAACCUGAAAGGUUCUGGAUCUGGAAAAGUCCCGUUACCUGCGGAGGUUCACCUGUGUGUAUUUUAGGAAGAAAAAGGACUGAUUGAUGAGAUUGAUCUGUGUUUGAUGCCACCUUCAGUCUGUCCACGAGUAAUGUUCAUUUUCUCAGUUAAACACUCAAAACAUCUGUCAUGUAAAAUUCUAUAAAGCUGUUUGUCUGUCAGUCAAGUAAUAAAGAAAUAAAUAACA